AGAGGCGGAGCCAUUGGGGAAGGGAGACGGAAGAAGCUGUAGAAUCAACAUGGCGGAGCCAGACCUUGUGGAAGGAUGUCGAUUACCUGUCCUUCGCAAGAAUCAAGACAAUGAAGUGGAGUGGCCACUGGCAGAAAUUCUUAGCGUCAAAGACUUGUCAGCAAAGAAACUGUUCUAUGUUCACUACAUUGACUUCAAUAAGCGGCUAGAUGAAUGGGUUACUUAUGACCGUUUAGACCUGAAAAAAAUCCAGUUUCCAAAAAAAGAGGCCAAGACACCAACCAAGAAUGGGCUUUCUGGGUCAAGGCCCAGCUCACCAGAGAGGGAAGUGAGGAAGAUUCCUGAACUCAUUCUACCUCCAGUUGCAGCCCCUGCGGGAGGAGGAAAAUCUCUCCCUGUUCCAAAACGGAAAGUGGAAAUAGUAUCACCAGCCACUCCAGUUCCACCCGUGGUAGAAAACACUCAGGCCUCAGUCUUUCCACAGAAUGGGGCAGCACGAAGACCAAGUGCCCCAGUUGUACCUCCUGUACGAAAAAGGAAAUCAAAUUGUCUGAGUGCCGAUGAAGUAAUGAUCGAUGAGGAUUCCCAGGACAGUUCAGAUGGAAUCCCUUCUGCACCACGAAUGACAGGAAGUUUGGUUUCUGACCGUAGCCAUGAUGACAUCAUUACCCGCAUGAAGAACAUUGAAUGUAUUGAGCUGGGACGCCACCGCCUCAAGCCUUGGUACUUCUCACCCUAUCCCCAAGAGUUGACUGUGCUACCGGUCCUUUACUUAUGUGAAUUCUGCCUCAAAUAUGUUAAGAGUCUUAAGUGUCUGCAGAGACACCUGACUAAAUGUAAUCUGAGACAUCCCCCAGGGAAUGAAAUUUACAGGAAAGGGACCAUCUCCUUCUUUGAAAUAGAUGGACGUAAAAACAAGAGUUAUUCACAGAAUUUGUGCCUUUUGGCAAAAUGCUUUUUGGACCACAAAACCUUAUACUAUGACACAGAUCCCUUCCUCUUUUAUAUCAUGACUGAAUACGACUCGAAAGGCUUCCAUAUUGUUGGCUACUUCUCUAAGGAGAAGGAGUCUACAGAGGAUUAUAAUGUGGCUUGUAUCCUUACCUUGCCACCUUACCAAAGAAGAGGAUAUGGAAAACUGCUUAUAGAAUUCAGUUAUGAAUUGUCUAAGGUAGAGGGAAAGACGGGCACUCCAGAGAAGCCACUCUCAGAUUUGGGUCUUCUAUCGUACCGUAGCUACUGGUCUCAGACAAUCUUGGAAAUUCUCAUGGAACUGAAGACUGAGACGGGAGAGAGGCCGCAGAUCACUAUUAAUGAAAUUAGUGAGAUAACCAGCAUAAAGAAGGAAGAUGUAAUAUCUACACUGCAGUACCUAAAUCUCAUCAAUUAUUACAAGGGUCAGUACAUCCUCACACUCUCAGAAGACAUUGUGGAAGGUCACGAAAGAGCUAUGCUAAAAAGGGUUCUCAGGAUAGACUCCAAAUGUCUGCACUUUACUCCUAAGGACUGGAGCAAAAGAGGGAAAUGGUAGGGAGAUACAAGAACUUGAAAAUUGGAAGAACCGGAAAUGUUAACCUGUUGUAUGACGCGUAAGACUUUCAAGCCUGAAUGCCAAGAACUUUUGACCAAGUGUAUUUUUCCACUUCAAUCAAACAGAGCUGACAAGCAGCUGUCUUUUCAUGGAGGUCAUAUGGCUGAAUACUGUCUUUUGGAUUAUUGGCUGAUAAACGCGUGCCACUGAUUUCAAGGUGUGAGUGGUCCCUUGAGCUGGAACUACAUAUACAAGAGGUGCUUGAGAUGCAGAGUAAAAGUAAAAAGCAACUACUUGGACAACUAUGGAAUAAGCCGAUCUCCCUUACAACAGAUCUUUAUAGACUUCUUAGCUGUAGGCUUUAUUUAAAUGACCAUCAAUACACACUAAAAUGGCCAGCUCCAUCAGCGUGGCAUUUGCUGGAUAUCUGUUACAACUGAAAAAGAAAUUGC